AACCAGGAAACAGGAAAUCGUGACAGGCAGUGAGGAGACCUGGUUCACGAUGGCACUAUGGCUACAUCUGAGAGAGGUAAAGGCCAGCGGAGACACCAGGAAAUGACCCUGCUGCUGCUCCUGGUUCUAACAGCCGGACUGGCUGGACGAGUGCGCGGUGAAGAUCACGACACCACAGGAGACGAGGCCAUAGAGGACGAGGAUCCAGCCCUGAAUGCGGGAGAUGAUGAUGUCAUACCGACAGUGGAUACUGCCUUCACCACUUUGCAUUCUCCAGGAGAAGAAGGGGACAUUACACCAGAUGACAAUGGCUUAUCCGGGGAAGGAGAAUUGAACCCUCCAUUAAUCACAACAGGGCGCGGGAACCCUCUGCAUUCACCAGGCGACGCUACAGACACUCCGCCGGAGGAAGAUGAAAACCUGGAAGCGUCAGACCUGGACCCCCUUAUGAUCAUCAUCCCGCUUGUGCUGCUCUUACUGCUGGUUGUCAUCGCAUCCCUGGCCGCGUACACGAUCAGCCGGAGGAGGGCAAAAAAACACAGCGAUCCCAGGCAUUUGACAGAAGAUGAGAUCUUGCAUGGGUGUGAAAAUGAAAAAAUACCAAUGCCCAUGUUUGAGGAUGAUGUCCCAUCGGUACUGGAGCUAGAGAUGGAGGACCUGGAGAAAUGGAUGGUAAAAGACACUGGGAGAAUCUGUGUGGAUUCUGCAGGAGAUGAACGCUAAGAGGAAUACUUGGGUCUGUCUGAGGCGUGACACACGCAUCCCUGGAAGUCCGUGGACCAUUCCUGUGGGUUAAGAGAUCAAUUCACUGUACGCCGCAAAACCCCAUACGCACCAGCAACGCUCCCUCAACAUUAAACCAAUGCCUACGGACAGGCAUUUCUGGAAACGCUGCUGAAGCGCAGCGAACAAUGACAGGAACAAACAGGCCUAUUGCUUUUUUUUAAAAAAAUGAAUAAUUUAUAUGAGCGAUAGAAUAGUGCCCGGGGUGAUUUUAAUGCUUUCUUAUUAACGCAUACAUGAAUGCAAGCAUGGACAAGCAAGCAAGCAAAAAAAAAAAAUGAGCCUGCAUAAGCAUGCAUUACUACAUGUUUUGUACUGCAAAGGCAAUGUAACACGCAGCCUACGGACUCCUACAGGCAGAUUGUGCCCCUGGGGGUGGGUGAUGGGGCAUUAGGGUUGAACUCUUCGCAGUGCCCCAGGUCAUGUGAUCUCUGUACAGCGUGCGAGUGUGUUUUUAACACCUUUUGGUAUUCAGGCUGCAGACAUUUCAGCUCGGCGCUCCGUCUUCCGUUCUUGGCACGCCAUGCCGUUUUGCCGGGGCGUGGUCCGCCCUUGACGUCACCGCGUCUCACCUCUCGCGUCAUCGCUGUCAAACCUCGAGGGCUCAACAUUACAAAUGGGAGAAUGGCCGUUUGAGAUAUUGCAACACUGCAGUAAUGCUCCUCUCGGUCAGGAUGCAAAUUAAUAUGCGACGGUAAUGCGGGAGCGAUGCCAACAAAGCUUUUCAUUUCCUCGGCUUCGUUAGCGCGCUGGCUACUGCAUGUGUUUUGAACAGUCCCUUCCUGGACGGGCUCCUGUUUUUACAUGCGUAAGCUCUGCAAGCUUGCUGAAGCAGCUUUAGUAUAAGCUUUUCCUCAGUGUUAUCUGUUUUACACUCGUCCAAAAUAGCCAAAUAAUGGAUUCAGUAUGUCUGACUUGUCAGUACAUACUAGUGUAUCCCCUGUUGUCAGGUCCUAUAUGAUAGCACAGUACAACAGGAGCACUUUCAACGACAAACCGCCUGGUGUUUGUACAAUUAUGAACAACAAGACUUUCAAUGUGCUUUCAUUGUUUUUUGUUUCUGUCCUUAUUUUCAGAUUUUAUACUUGUAAAUAUAAAGAAUAUAUUUUUAAAUGUUCAUGCUUUUUUACUCUAUUUUUACUUUUUUAAGUUCAUUGUUUUGUUCAUGUUGGUAGAGUUUUGCUUCUAUUGAUUUUUAGCAAAAGAGGCAGAUACGUAUUCAAUUUGGAAUGGGAUUUGUUAUUUGUUCAUUACUUUAUAUAGGCAAGAGGGUAUAUACAGUAAGUGCCUUUGAGUCUCGGGAAUGCUAUCCUGUCAUGCUGAAAAGAGUGUGUGUGUGUGUGUGUGUGUGUGUGUGUUCGCAAUAGCAAUGUGGAUUAAAAAACGUAUAACUGGAGACAAAUGAAAUGCUGAGUGAAUGUUCCCUAGUCACAGGCCUUAUCCGCUUGUCAUCGGGCCAAAACCACCGGCGGAGCACGCUCACCUGCCGUUUGUUGGCUGCGGAACCCGGGUUCGCCCCGGUGCGCACGAUGCGUCUGUAAACUGUCACUCCUCCGGCUGCUCCUGACGGCAGAGCCCUCCGCUCUGAGUUCCUCAUUUCCAGUGGGUGCUGUGUACAGCUGUGCAUCGCUGAGCCGUAAUGGAAUCCGUACGGGCGGAGGCAGCGGACAAGGACAGAGACCCCGUAAAGCAAUGCAUAUAAAUAAGGAAUCCGUGGCACCGUAAAUGGGCUCCAUCUUCUUUUUUUUUUGCUGUUGCUCACCACUGGUCCUGGACCUAGAGAAUUAUUUUGAAAGAAGUGCUGAAGGCUCUUUUUUUUUUUACCCCCGGGUCUACUGUGAAUUUCUGCGCACUUCACUUAAGUGUGCGAAGAAAAGCUUGUAUUUCCCACCUGGCUUCAGAUCCAGUCUCGAAUCCACCUUUGCAAAUUACUUUAUUAAAUGCCUUUUACUUUAUUUUACUUUUUAUUGAAAAUUUGGUCACUGUCAGCUUUUUUGUUCAGAUUGCUGAGGUUUCCUUUGGAUUGUAAAUAAUUUAUUUCAGCUCAAGCAUCUUUUCUCAGUUUUGUUCUAUAAUGCUUGUCUACAUCAUUUCUAAAUAAAGCUGAGCUACAUUUUAAA